CUCCACCAAACUCCAAAGCUACCAAGAUUAUCAUUUUCUCCCUAUGGCUUUCUUCGUGUUUUUCUUGGCUGGCCUUCUCACAAUGUCUUCAACUGUCAUUGCCAACCCCAUCGGAGGGUGGACCGACGCCCAUGCAACCUUCUACGGCGGCGGAGAUGCCUCUGGAACUAUGGGAGGGGCCUGUGGUUAUGGGAAUCUGUACAGCCAAGGGUAUGGUACAAAAACUGCAGCGCUGAGUACAUCUCUGUUCAACAAUGGCCUUGCAUGUGGAUCUUGCUAUGCCAUUAGGUGUGUGGGUGACAAAUCUUGCCUGAAAGGCACUAUAGUCGUCACCGCCACCAACUUUUGCCCUCCAAACAACGGCCUUCCGAGCAAUGCCGGCGGGUGGUGCAACCCUCCCCGCCACCACUUUGACCUCGCCCAGCCGGUCUUCCAAAGCAUCGCCCAAUACAGAGCCGGAAUCGUCCCUGUCUCUUACAAAAGGGUGCCGUGUAGGAGAAGCGGAGGAAUACGGUUCACAAUCAACGGACAUGCCUUCUUCAACUUGGUGCUGGUGACUAACGUCGGCGGCGCCGGAGAUGUCCACGCGGUGGAGGUUAAGGGCUCAAGAACAGGAUGGCAGCCACUGUCAAGAAACUGGGGGCAAAACUGGCAAAGCAACUCUAACCUUAAUGGACAAGCUUUAUCGUUCAGGGUCACCACCAGCGACGGCCGGAGUGUGGUGUCUAACAACGUUGCCCCUGCCGGAUGGUCUUUUGGUCAAACCUAUUCCGGCAGCCAGUUCUAGCUUUACUAAUUAAACACAAAUAUGCAAUUAGUUACCUAAAAUUACUAUUCUGGUCAGUAAUAUUAGUAACAUGACCGAUAUAGUAUGUAACGUGUGGUCUAGGGUCAGAAUGGGAAGGCUAAAUUUAACACAGCCUUCACCAUUAAGGCUUGUUUGGCUGCCCUGGUUUAAAAAGGGUACCAAAUUUGUUAGGCCAAGUGGUUUUUGGCCAACUACUUUAGUUUAUCUUUUUUGGUGGUUUUGUAGAGCAGUGGUGGAAUUUUGACCACCCGCUAAAAGUAGUAGUGAGAGUGUGACUAAGAUAGAUGUCCGAUGGUUGCUUUCUUCACCAAGUGCUGGCUAAAAAAGGUUGACUUGGUGGGGGUAAAAGUGUAAAACUUCAAACUUGUAGUAGUGAUGUGAAACUGGUUCAUUUAACUUUUUAUUACUGCUAUAAAUUUUGUGUUCAGUAAAACGGAAAAACGGAGUAUUCAUUGACUUCAUUCUC